UCUACCUGCUUUUCUGUCCCGUCCGUCCGUCCGUCAGCGCAGCUUAACACCUAUCCUCCUCCCUCUCCUGUCUACUUUCUUCACACCACAGCAGUGAAAAUGGCCUCUGGAAUAGCAGUCCAUGACGACGUCGUGCUCACGUUUGACAAGAUCAGAGUUGGCCUCCAGGGCAAGCAGGAGCAGCUGAAGCUGGUGCUCUUCAAGAUCAGCCACGACGGGAAAUGUAUCGUCGUGGACGAGGACAACUGCCUGAAGGUGAAGGACCUGAACGGGGAGGAGGACGUAUUCAGGAAGAUCGUCAACAUGAUGCCCACGGAGGACUGCCGCUAUGCCCUGUACGACUGUUCCUGGGAGAGCAAGGACAGCCCCAAGGAGGACCUGGUCUUCAUCAUGUGGGCUCCAGAACACUCAACUAUCAAAAAGAAAAUGAAAUACGCCAGCUCAAAGCAAUACAUUAAAGCAAAGUUCCAAGGUCUGAAGUUUGAGUGGCAGGUGAACGACAUGUCAGACGCCAAAGACAGCUCUGCCUUCAUUGAUAAACUGGGAGGGAGAGGAGUUGUUAAAAAACUGGAGGGGAAAGAGGUCUAAGGUCCUGACUCCUGACGCCACCAUACAACAUGGAAUCAAAACCAGACCUGGGUUCAAAUACAAUUUGAAAUCCUUCAGAUACUUUCAGCGUUUGCUUAAGCCUGCUUAAAAGUGCCAGGUAGGCAGGUUUUUUUUUUUUUUUUUUUACGUUUAGGGCUUUUCUAUUGGUUGCAACAGGCAAGCUCAAUCAAACACAGCUAAAGUAUUUAAAAUGAUUUCGAAUAGUUAUUGAACCCAGGUCUGUUCAAAACACCGACUCAAAAGCAGCCCGAUGCCGGUGUCUCCAACUGAACUGUCCAACAACAGAGUGUGGUAGUUGAUUAGGUCUUUAUAGAAACAUCCCUUGGUCAAUGGCAGAUUGGUAAUGAAAUAGGUUGAUACCUUUAGUACUUUUUCCAGACAUAACUCCUCCACGAUUUAUACAAAUUCACAUGUAUUUUCCUGUAGCUUGGGAUCCUAGUUUCAUCCUUGAACGUGCUUUUAUUUUUGGUAUCCUGUGUCUAUUGACUCUGUUCCAGACUAAAAUACCAUUGAUAUCA